AUUUUUCCUUCGCAAUAACGCCACGCGCCUCUCAUUCACAUCUGCGCGCUUUCGUUCUCGAUCAUCUGUAUAUGGCGUCACGAGUUUUCUGCUGCGUUAAUGCCACCUUAGACGAUAUUUAGGUGUAGUUCAAAUACCAACAAUUUGAAAAUGCCGCGCGUGGCAGCACUGUACGACACCGGCAUCGAGGCUCUACGCGCUGCUAGCGCUCGUCACGACUCGCAUGUCGCGGGCCGCGGCUCGAUUCACAUUCGACGACGCAACGCUGCGAGCUGAUCUUUGUCGUUUCACGCUCUUGUCGUUUGUCGUGCACAACUUUGUUUACAAUUUUUUAGCUCCAAAAUGUCAGUUGGAAAAGAAGAGAGUACAACGCCAGAGGCUACGGAAAAUUCACAAAACAGCACUGCGGAUGAGAAAGAAAAUGAAAAAGCUGAAGAGAAACCAAAAAUUGAUGUCAACAAACCAGAAGAAGCAACUGAAAAAACAAAUGGACGGACAACUGCUGUCGAAAUAGGCAAUUGUUAUUGCGGUAAAGAUAGAAAUUUAAACCUUGCAGAAUUACUCUGCGCAAGUUGCACAAGAUGGUUUCAUGAAUCUUGCAUUGGUUACCAAUUGGGAAAACUUGUACCUUUUAUGACAAACUAUGUUUUUAUGUGUAAAAAUUGCUCACAAACUGGACUUGAAAGUUUCAAAAAGAGCCAAGCACAAUUUCCUCAAAUGUGUGUUACUGCAAUUGCCAAUUUGAUGCAGAUUUGUCAGAAAGAAAAUAAUAAUAGAUUACUGUUUCAUAAAGAUAAAGAUAUAAUACCAUUUAUUGAGAUGCAUUGGGAAAGUAUCACUACCAUGCCUCGUAGAGUAACACAGUCAUGGCAUUCUAGGAUUUUCAAAGCUUUAACAAAAGAUCUUGGAACUCUUUUUAUAACAGAAGAAAAUCAAAUUGAAGGAUCACUGUAUGGACUAAUAAACUCUGAUUUGUUUACAAUUAAACCUAAUUAUGAAGCUAUGAUAAAAGGAGGUACGUUAAAAGUAACUGAAAUGGGAGUACAACAAGUUGUACCAAUGGCUGGUGGAAUAAGAGGACGUAAUGCCAAAAGAAAAUUUCCUGGAGAAGGAACUGGAGCUGGUGCAGGUAAAAAGGGUAGAGGCUCAGACUUGGUGGUUCCAAAGUUACCUGCCCAUGGAUAUCCACUGGAACAUCCUUGGAACAAAGACGGUUACAGGUACAUUUUAGCAGAACCUGAUCCACAUGCACCUUUUAGACAAGAAUUUGACGAGAGCAGUGACUGGGCAGGUAAACCUAUUCCAGGAUGGUUAUAUAGACCUUUGAGUCCAAGUUCGGUUCUUCUUGCUCUACAUGACAGAGCUCCACAGUUAAAGGUGUCAGAAGAUCGAUUAGCUGUUACUGGCGAUAAAGGAUAUUGCAUGAUUAGGGCUACACAUUCGGUAUGUAGAGGAACAUGGUACUGGGAAGCUGCUAUAGAAGAAAUGCCUGAAGGUUCUGCAACCAGACUUGGCUGGGGUCAAGAAUAUGCCAAUCUACAAGCGCCUCUAGGAUAUGAUAAAUUCGGUUACUCGUGGCGAUCUCGAAAAGGCACACGUUUUCAUGAAAGCAGAGGAAAGCAUUAUAGUAAUGGAUAUGGAGAAGGAGAUAUAUUAGGAUUUCUUGUAAUUUUACCAGAUAUUCAUAGUCCAACCCAUAUUCCUAAUACUUAUAAAGAUCGGCCUUUAGUAAAGUUUAAAAGUCACUUAUAUUAUGAAGAAAAAGAUUCAGUUCCUGAUGCUAUAAGAGCAUUAAAGCCUCUUAUGGGCAGCAAAAUCAUAUACUACAAAAAUGGAGUACCUCAGGGUGAGGCAUUUGUAAAUAUUUAUAAUGGUGCUUACUAUCCGAGUAUUUCAAUACAUAAGUCAGCCACUGUCUCUGUCAAUUUUGGACCAAAUUUCAAGCACCCUCCCAAAGACGUUAAUUUUAGAGGAUUGUACGAAAAAGCAGAAGAAGCUAUAGCCGAGCAAUGCAUGGCAGAUAUGCUAUAUUUUACAGAGAACGAAGGAAAAUUAAGAUUAGAUACUUUUGCAUUAUGACAUUAGUGGCCUUUUUUUGUUUGAUUUUAUUUUUA